ACCAAGGCACAUGCCCUAAACCGAACCGAACCCGGACCCUUCAGUCCACAGGCUGAUGCUCUAUCCACUGAGUCAAACCGGCCUCAGCUCGUUCUUUCUUUUCAAUGUAUUGACUUAAGAGAGGGAGAGAAACAUCCAUGAGGAGAGAGAACCAUGAUCGGCUGCCUCCUGCACACCUCCUACUGGGGAUCGAGCCCCGCAACCCAGGCAUGUGCCCUUGACCGGAAUCAAACCCAAGACCUUGCAGCCCACAGGUCGAUCAAUGCUCUAUCCACUGAGCCACGCUGGCCAGGGCCCCGCCAUUCUUUAAAUACAAAUUUACAUUCUGUCUCCAUAAGAAACGCCCGGCUAGGAGUCCGAGGGACACAGACACUCGGGGGCGCGCACGUUGCUCCCCGCCUGCCCUGCGCCCCCCACCCCCGUGCACGCGCUCACGCUCCCUGCCCACCUCCCGCCAGUCCGUUAGCCCGCUGCCCCCUUAGCCGCUCGCCCUAGACCCAAGUGGACCGGGGUCAUCGGUGCAGAGAGGCCGGAGUCAGAGCAUCUCCCUUCCUCUGAGAAGGUCACGGCCCUUUGCAGAACUCGUGCCCCCCACCGCGCGCGGGCCCGGCAGCCCUUUGGUAAGCCAUGGCCGCCAUCCAGAAGAAGCUGGUGAUCGUGGGCGAUGGAGCCUGCGGCAAGACUUGCCUGCUGCUCGUCUUCAGCAAGGACCUGUUCCCGGACGUGUACAUCCCCAUGGUGUUCGAGAACUACGUGGCGGACGUGGAGGUGGACGGGCGGCGGGUGGCGCUGGCGCUGUGGGACACGGCCGGCCAGGAGGACUACGACCGCCUGCGGCCCCUCUCCUACCCGGACACGGACGUCAUCCUCAUGUGCUUCUCCGCCGACAGCCGCGACAGCCUGGAGAACAUCCAGGAGAAGUGGGCCCCGGAGGUCAAGCACUUCUGCCCCAAGGUGCCCAUCGUCCUGGUAGGGAACAAGAAGGACAUCCGCACCGACAAGCGCGCGCGGCGGGAGCUGGCCAGGAUGAAGCAGGAGCCGGUGAGGCCGGAGGAAGGCAGGGAGAUGGCGCACAGGAUCGGCGCUUUUGCUUACGUGGAGUGCUCGGCCAAGACCAAGGACGGCGUGCGGGAGGUUUUCGAGAUGGCCACGAGGGCCGCUCUGCAAGCCAGGCGUGGGAAGAAAAGGUUCGGGUGCCUUCUUUUGUGAGCGGCUUGCAGGCACAGCUUCCCGCAGUUCGUUUGGAAGUGCUGCUCUUUAGUCCUCUGUGUGACUCCUGGCCUUUUCCGUUACCUAUAUCUCAACGGAGAUUGCAAAUCACAAGUCACCUUGCCACCAGCAUUUAGAAGCCAACCAUGAUUAGUGAGGAUCCAGCCCGCCUGUCCCUGACAGCUCUCUAACAGCCCUCCUCUGCACGCCCACCUGACACACCAGGCACUGAUUCAAGGAAUUCCUUAACUUCUUUGCUUCUUUCUAGAAGGAGAAACGGUAACCCUUGUGAGUUAGGCUGUCACUGCUUCCUAACCGACAUGCCUUGCCUGUCAUCUGUCAGCUGCAAGGUACUCCGGUGAGCUGCCACUUCAGAGCUUUCCUCCUGAGCAGAUGCGCUGUGGGGCCUCUGGAGCGGGCAUCCAGUUUUUUUUAAAACGCGCUCAGCCAGAGAGGCCAAGUUCAUGCAGCUGUGGCCACGUCACAGUUCUGUGGCUCCGUGUUCGUUACCUUAUAGUUACUGUGCAAUUAGUGCCACUUAAUGUGUGUUACCAAAAAUAAAUAAAUAUAUCUACUCCAAACUAGAUGUAGUACUUUUUGUAUAAUUGGAUUUCCUAAUACUGAUAUCUGUCACCCCCACAGAAAGUGUAUUGUGGUUUGUUUGUUUUUUUUGUUUUUUUUAAAGGAAGUGUAUUGGAAAAUAAAGUCAGAUGGAAAAUUCA